AACCUGCUUCAGGGUUGUGAUGCUUCAAUUUUGCUAGACCACGACGGUAGCGAGAAGAGAGCACGAGCAAGCAGAACACUAAGAGGAUUCUCUCUAAUCGAAGAAAUCAAAUCAAACAUAGAAAAGGUUUGCCCUAAAAAAGUAUCAUGCGCCGACAUACUAACAAUAGCCGCCAGGGACGCAACUGUCUUAGCCGGAGGUCCAUUCUGGGAAAUUCCCUUCGGAAGAAAAGACGGACGCAUCUCAUACGCCGAAGAAGCCGAUUCAAUAGUUCCCGAAGGCCGUGAGAAUAUAACAUCACUAAUAAACCUAUUCGAAAAAUCUCUAGGUCUUACCGUACUGGAUUUAGUCGUCCUCUCCGGAGCUCACACAAUCGGAAGAAGCACUUGUCCGUCGAUUCUGCCUAGGGUUACGGCAACGAAGGCGCCUUAUACUCAAUUUGUGAAUUCAUUAAAGUAUAAAUGCUCACCUAAGAACAAUAGCGAGAUCUUCGUGAACUUUGACGCUACUACUCCGAAGAUUUUCGAUGAGGUUUACUAUAAGAAUCUGGGGAAGAAUAUGGGAUUGCUGUUGACGGAUCAAUUGCUGUAUUCGGACUCAAGAACUUCGCCUAUAGUGAAAGCGUUUGCGACUCAACCGUUUCUGUUUACGGGUCAAUUUGCUGGGUCCAUGGUUAGACUUGGAAAUGUUGUUGGUAAAGCGCCAUAUGAGAUAAGGAAUCAAUGCACUUCAAUUAACAAAUGA